AUGCCCCCAGGAACGCCCUACGCCUCCUUUGCACUCCCGUACCCCAUCCGUGUCGACUGUUUUACCUGCACAGAUCACCUUCCAGCUCCAUACACCAACCCGGCACUAUAUCUUCUUACUCAUUCGCAUACCGACCACAUUCUCGGCCUAUCGUCAAAAUCUUUUGCUGCUCGGGUAGUAUGUUCGCCUGACGCAAAGCAGAUGCUCUUGAGACAUGAAGUUUAUCUGGAGCGUUCAAAGAAAGAUGCAGGUGAAGUUGCGAUGAGAACGUUUGCUCAUUUGAAGGUUGAUGGCGGAGCGUUAAGGAGGGACUUGUUGCACGCGGUUCCACUCAAUACUCCAACUGAGUUUGAGUUAUCGCCGACUGAGACGGUAACCAUUACACUCAUCGAUGCAAAUCACUGCCCAGGUGCCGUUAUGUUCCUCAUCGAAGGCCCCCGCGGCACUGUUCUUCAUACGGGAGACGUACGCGCUGAACCCUGGCUUUUGACCUCUUUGUCUCGAAAUCCGUUCCUCCAACCAUACAUCCCAGAUACAGAGGAAAAUCUCCGAGCAAGUUUGACAAAAACACUGAAUGCAAUUUAUUUGGAUACGGCCUGCCUAUUGAGGGGAACCGUCGUUCCCACAAAGGAAAAUGCGGUCAAAGGCCUGAUAGAUCUUAUUGCGCUGUUUGAUAGCGACACAUAUUUCUUCAUAAACUCGUGGACUUGGGGAUACGAAGAUAUUCUCAAGGGGAUCGCGCGAGCGUUUCAGUGCCAGAUUCAUGUCGAUCGGUACAAACAUGCUGUGUACACCCAUCUUUCGGAUCCCUUUAUCCGUUCUCUCGUCACACGCGACGCAACAAGCACUCGCUUUCAUGCCUGUGAACGGUUUGAGCGAUGUAGUUUCGUGGAUGUACCUCCCUUCGACUUCAAAAAUGACUCAGCGCCACGGAGCAUGGAGGGAAAGAAGGUCGUGUACGUCAAUCCCAUGACUAUGGGAUGUGCACAGUGGGAGUCCUAUCGCGUGGACGUACGAAGUCGCCUUGCAAGGGGGAAGGAUGUCGAUCGCUUGCUUGUACCUCUUGAACGCCAUUCGCCUCUACCAGAAUUGCUCAAUCUUGUGGCGCUCUUCCGUCCCCGUCGGGUCGUUCCUAAUACCCUCGUCCCUGCUCUCGGGGGGCUCGAUUGGACUGCGAUGAGAGCUAUGUUCAGGGAGUGUAUGGCGCCGCCCACUCCUGGAUUUCGCGACCCUAUUCCUAGCGAGUUGAUCUCAUCAGGAGUUGACCAUACCAGUGUCCCUGAUCUCGCAUCUCUCGACCUCAGCGAUACAGACUCAGCAAUGAAAAACAUCGUUGGCGACUCCGCCAAACUUGAAGCACAGAAGUGGGCAGAUGACGGGAGUAUCCGCCGACGGCUGGAGGUGCUCCUUGGGUGGUUAGGACCGCAUGAGAGGGGGAUCGUCAAUCGGGUCCUUGGGCGCUCAUCCCCAGCCCCGUUAUUACACCGGAACGAUACUGCGCCGAAGACACCAAAAAGGGCGAGUAGAACUCCGAUACAGCUCAAGCGCUAUGUAGAAGACUCGGAUGACUCGAGCGACGAUGACGGGUCUGAUGCACAUGCCAGGACUGCGCGAAUUCUCUUUGCAGGGGAUGUCAGCAUGGAAGGGUCUGUAAAGAGCUGGUUAUCGUCGAGUCCGUCGCAGAUGCUAGGAGGCAAGGCGCAAGAUUAUGGAUGCUGA